AUGCCUAAACCACAGAAGAAGAGCAAGAGCCCUCGCGGCAAAAACUAUAGGCAAAGUUUCGACGAAGAUGCUCUUGCCCAGCUUACCUCCAAAAUCGACCAAAACCUGAACCCUGUCACCAACAAGCGCAAAUAUCCCCCCACUAAUGCUGGAGUCAAAGAGCAACAGAAGAGGCAGCGAAAUUUUGAGGGCAGCCGGCCGUCGAAAGACCAGACUUUGGAUGAUGAGGAGACUCUGUUGGCAGAGAUAAGAGCCUUGGGAGGUGAUGAGAAGGAUUUAGAGCUCAUCAAUGGCGUCGACUCUGACGACGAGACAUAUGCGAAGGAGCCUGAGGGAGCUAUUGAUAAGGAUUUGAAGGAUGAACUUCUCGCACUAUCCAAGCAAUUAGGAUUUGCAGAGAUUGACCCUGAAGUGGGCAGCGCAGCCGAUGAGCAGCCAGAUGAGGCCGACGACGACGACGACGACGACGACGACCAAGUAGAAGCUGGUGCACGCGGGGAAAGCGGCGUGCAAGACCAGGAACCUGAAGACGACACGGAAACUGAGGGAUUGAAACGAAUAAGAAAACCUGGAGACAUGAUCUUCGAGCCAACGGCUAAUUGGCACGCCUGCACACUUGCAAAGCUGCCGAAGGCGACUGCCGACCAACUGGGUCCGUUUGCCGGAACCGUUGAGGCUCUCAAAAUGCAUGCAAAAACACUUCUAGAGAGCGAUUGUAACAAGUAUAGGACCAGCGUGUUUGCUUCUUCCUCUCAUAAGUUCUUGUCUACAAUCAUGUCCUCGGGUACAUUGACGGAUAAGGUCUCGGCCUUGACGUUGGCAGUGCAAGAGUCGCCAGUCCAUAACAUCCGAGCCUUCGAUGCUCUGAUGAAUCUUGCCUCGAAGAAAAGCCGUGCCCAGGCCAUCGGGGCGAUCGGCGCACUCGUGGAUUUACUCGGGCCAGGAACCCUUCUUCCCUCCGACAGAAGACUGCGCCCCUUUCAUGGCCAGCCCGGUUUGCUUGGAACGCUCCAGAGGGAAUCUCUCAAGUCAUGGGUCCCUAGCCAACCUUUGCCCGGAAAGAUCACUGAGGAGCAUCUCAUAUCAUGGCUGUACGAAGACUGGCUCAAGGAGACGUAUUUCAAGAUUAUCCAGUUGCUAGAGACCUGGUGCUAUGACGAAAUUGAAUAUUCCCGAAUGAAGGCAGUGGAUUUCGUGUACGGACUCCUCAAAGAGAAACCAGAGCAGGAAGCAAAUUUACUCACGCUUCUUGUUAAUAAACUUGGUGAUCGAGACCGCAAGAUAUCAUCACGGGCAUCGUAUCUGCUUCUGCAACUACAGGUCUCACACCCCGGAAUGAAGCCAAUUAUUAUUCGAACGAUUGAGCAGGACAUUCUGCUUCAUCCCUCCCAGGAUCAUCGAUCGAAAUAUUGCGCCAUCAACACUUUGAAUCAGACAAUUCUUAGCAGCAAGGAGCCGACAGUGGCAGAGACUCUUGUGCGAAUUUACUUUGAUCUUUUCGUCAUGAUGUUGAAAACUGGACACAUUGGGAUACCAUUAGACAGCGGAACUGAGGAUGGCAAGCCGCAUGUCAAAGUCGCAGGCAAAGGUAACAGCAAGGCCAACAGCAAGCCAGAUAGGCGACCCCGUCAAAAAUCGAAAACAGCAAAUCUCUCGGUGCCAGAAACUGAAGCAUCGGACAAAUUGGUUUCUGCACUGUUGACGGGGAUAAAUCGUGCGGCUCCAUUUGUUGGUACCAACGAUGCCAUGAUUGCACAUUCGUCCAAUUUCAAUACCAGCAUUCAGGCAUUGCUGCUUAUUCAACACCUAUCAGCCUCUCGCAACUUGGCAACUGACCGAUUCUACCGAACUUUGUAUGAGUCAUUACUAGAUCCUCGUCUAGUCGCUUCAUCCAAGCAAACAUUAUAUCUGAACUUGCUACUACGCGCCUUGAAGAGCGAUGUUGAUGUUCGAAGGGUUAAAGCGUUUGCUAAGCGGAUGCUCCAAGUUUCUAAUCUUCAUCGACCAGCCUUUGUUUGUGGAUUGCUCUACGUCAUUGCGCAUCUACGACAGACUUUCCCUGAUUUAUCAACGCUCAUUGAGGAACCCGAGGCUUCAAUUUUUGACGACGAGACAUCGGCAGAACUUCCUGGGUAUGAUGGACGAAAGCGCGACCCGGAACAUAGCAAUGCACAAAGGAGUUGCCUGUGGGAAAUGGCAUCGCUGCUUGACAAGUCCAAGAAGGUGCAAAAGCCAGAUAUGGAGAGCCAUACAUUGAUACGAUUUUUGGAUAAGUUUGUGUACCGUAAUCCCAAGUCUACUGACUCUGCUCGCGGGGUAUCCAUUAUGCAGCCUCUCCGAGCAACCAAGGAUUUGGGCGACAUUUGGCUGGGAAGCAGGGGUGUUGGUGCCACAUCCGCGCCAGUCAAUUCUGCAGCAUUCUGGAAGAAGAAGGCUGAAGAUGUUGCAGCAGACGAUAUCUUCUUCCAUGAGUACUUCCAGCACGUCGCCAAAGAGCCCAGGCUCACAGCCAAGGAAGGAAAUCAAAAGCAGGGCGAGGACAACAACGAGGACGAAAUUUGGAGGGCUUUGGUGUCCACGCAACCUGACAUUGAGGACGACGCCGAUGAAGAGGGCUUUGAUGAUAUGGAUGACUUGGACAUGGGGUCUGAAGAUGGCUCAUCGCCUGCGUUUUCUCUGGAGAGCGAUGUUGACGUUGAGGAUGAGGAUGAGGAUGAAGAUGAUGAAAAUGAUGAGGGUGCAGCAUUGGGCGACGAGGGCGAAAACGAUUUCGAUGGCUUGGUGGCCGCUGGAGACGAGAACGAUGCCGAGGUCGAUGGCAAAUCCGAAGAAACGAAGAAGAAAAAGUCGAGAAGAAAGGCCCUCAAGGACCUUCCAAUGUUUGCAUCGCUCGAUGACUACGCCGAGCUGUUGGCUGCAGAGGAAGACGGACUGUUAUAG